AUGGCUGAAAUACAGACACUUAUCGAAAUGGGAUUCUCGAAAGACCGGGCGGAGAAAGCUCUGGCGGUAACGAACUAUAAGGGGGUAGAGCCAGCGAUGGAGUGGCUACUGGCGCAUGCUGAUGACCCUGCAAUGGACACUGGAGCGACGAUUGGUACAUCAUCGAGCAUGGAAGCCGCACCGGCUCCUGUUGCAGAAUCAUCCACUUCAUCUCAGACCCCAGCCGGUGCUGAGCCGGAACCCGAAGCGAAGUCAUUCAAAUGCGAUGUUUGCGGCAAAUUGCUCAAGAAUCAGGAUGAAAUGGAGUACCACGCAGCGAAGACUGAUCACAGUAGCUUCUCUGAGUCGACUGAAGAGAAGAAACCUCUGACUGAGGAGGAAAAGAAGGCUCAACUGAUGCUGCUCGAGGAGAGAAUGAAACAGAAACGAAAAGAGAGAGAAGAAAAGGAAAAGGCUGAAGCAUUAGAACGUGAGCGUAUCCGUAUCAAAUCUGGCAAGGAGAUGCAGGAUGCCCGCCAACGGCUUCAGGAGCAAGAGAUGCAGAAGUUAGUGGAACAGAGGCGACGCGAGAAAAUUGAGGAUCAGAAGGCUAGGGAACGUGUCCGUGCUCAGAUCGAAGCAGAUAAACAGGCUCGGAAGUUAGCAGCAGGUGGCCAGCCCCCAGUAGUAGUGGCCCCUGCAGCAGUGGUGCCCCCGCCGAGUGUUCCGGCACCUAAAGUGGCAUAUGAGCAGGCACGCAUACAGAUCCGACUACCUGAUGGCAAAGCACUUGCACAUACAUUUGGUGCCAAGGAACAACUGGCUGCAGUCAGACUGUAUCUACAAAUGAACGCAGCUGAGUACGCCCAACAGGACAGUUUCAAGAUGAUGACCACAUUCCCUAAGAAAAUCUUCACCUCAGAAGACUAUGACAAACCUUUGGAUUUAUUAGGUCUAGUACCGUCAGCAGUGAUCAUAGUGUCGCGGGGACCUCAGUGA